AUUUGUAACAUUUUACGAGUUCUUGAACCGUUUAUUUGCAGUUUUUUUUCUUACUUUCUUUACUCCUAUCUCUGUGUGUAGUUUCUGUUUAUGUUAGGGGGGUUUUGUUGGUUAGUGUAAAGGGAUGUUGGAAAAUGUUGUGUAAGUUUGUGCAAAACUUUGAUCUGCAUAGAUUGAAUCAAGAAAUGGUCUAAAUUUGUGAUUUUUUUUGGUAAGUUUGCUGCAGAGGAAAAAUGGAUGUUGUUGUGUCAGUACACAUCCUUAUUGGGAAAAUUUGAGGGUUGAAGUUUGGGGGAAAAAAACAACUUGCUGAUUGCUAUCUCUUUCUGUAUUGUGGAGGCUUAUUAAUAUGAUUGCAUUUGAUGAUUGUAGUGAAGCUUCCCUAUGUUCUGUUAUUGUGAAUCAUAAAGAAAUUAUGGAUUCGAAGUUGUUGACACACUUUUUAGGCGAUUACAUUCGAAAAGAGCGUUCUUGGUCGCUUACUUGGCUUCCGAUUUGGGGAAAUGAUGGGCGACAACAUUCGAAAAAGAGCGUUCUUGGUUGCUUACUUGGCUUCCGAUUCUUGAUAAUGAUCGGAAAAGGCGUGCUUCUCCACUCCUCUCACGCCCGAUGCAAAGAAAGGCGGCAGCAAAUUUGCCAAGCACGUUACUCACGGCUCCCAUCUAGCGAAAGGAAAGGCGAAUCACGCCAUGGAAGACUAUCUAGUUUCAGAACUCAAGAUGGUAGACGAGCACGAGUUGGGCAUGUUUGCUAUCUACGACGGACACAUGGGGCACGACGUUGCAAGUUACCUGCAGCUUCACCUCUUCGACACUAUAUUGAACGAGAGCGAUUUCUGGACCGACCCAAAAAAUGCACUAAAGAACGCGUAUCAGAAGAUGGAUAAGGUAAUAUUAGAGAAAUCGGGUCAACUGGGGAAAGGAGGGUCGACAGCAGUAACUGCGAUAUUGAUCAAUGGACAGAAGCUCGUGGUUGCAAACGUAGGAGACUCCCGGGCUGUCAUCAGCAAGAAGGGUGUCGCCAAACAACUAUCUGUCGACCAUGAACCUAGCAGGGAAAGGAAGUUCAUCGAGAGCAAGGGUGGAUUCGUAUCAAACCUGCCCGGCGACGUCCCUCGCGUUGAUGGCCAGCUGGCGGUGGCGAGGGCGUUUGGCGACAAGAGCUUGAAGAGGCACAUGACCUCGGAGCCUGAUAUAGCGUUUGAGGCCAUAGACGAUGACGAUGCUGAGUUCGUUAUCUUAGCAAGCGAUGGAUUGUGGAAUGUCAUAUCGAACCAGGAAGCGGUCGACUCCAUCAAGGCGAUCAAGGACCCUCACGCUGCAGCGAAGCAUCUCGUGGAUGAGGCGGUGUCGAGGAAGAGCAAGGACGACAUCUCCUGCAUCGUUGUGAGGUUUCAUUAGCCUUUGAUUUGAUCAGUUUCAAUGCUCCCAAAGCUGUUAAAUAGGAUUUGAAGAAGAUUGGGACAUACUUGUGUAUAAUGUUAUAAUUCCAAAAAUUAUGUGAUUCUAUACUUUUGUCGUA